AUCAAACUCGUGAACUAACCCGCACCAAUAGUAACGGAAAAGGUCCACCAACUGAGCCGGCACACAGAAACACCAACUAGCCGGUGACGGAAUUUCCUCUUUUCUCCAAUCACAUCCUUCCACGUCAAUUCCAUCUUCCUCUUCUGUCCCUCCACGUGUCCUGGACUGCCAAACCCUCAUCCACGGUCACCGUCAAAAUCCACCCCUUCCGUGAAACUACCCAAAAAACUUCAAAAUAUAAUUUUCCCCAAUUUCUUUUAAAAAAAAUCUAUUGAAAAAGGGUAAAAAAAACGAACAAAGCACGAAAAGGCAUCGAUAAAUUCUCUCCGGCCAAAAUCAAGAAAAAUAAAAAAAGAAAAAUGAAAACCCUAGCUUCAUCUUCUUUCUCUCUCUAACCUCCUCUCUCUUUCCAUCUCUACCAAUCGUUACUGUGAAACCCCACGGUAGAUCGGCGCCGACGAGUCAAUGGACGACGACGAUGAGAUCCAGUCACACCCGUCUCCGGCGAGCGGAUCCCCGGCGUCGUCGCCGAGGGAGAACGGCCGGAUAACGGUGACGGUGGCGGCGCCGGCACCGCAGCAGCAACCGCCUCCGGCUCCUAAUAGCGUGGCAUUAGCGCUUCCGAUUCAGCAGCAACCAGCGCCUCCCCCGAGGGGAAACGGCGGCGGUAGCGGGGGAGGAGGAGGAGGAGGGAGGGAAGAUUGCUGGAGCGAGGGCGCUACGGCGGUGCUGAUUGACGCGUGGGGAGAGAGGUACCUUGAACUGAGCAGGGGGAACCUGAAACAGAAACACUGGAAGGAGGUAGCGGAGAUCGUGAGCGGAAGAGAGGACUAUGGCAAGACACCAAAGACCGACAUACAGUGCAAGAACCGGAUCGACACCGUCAAGAAGAAGUACAAGCUCGAAAAGGCAAAGAUCGCCAGUGCCGGCGUACCUAGCAAGUGGCCUUUCUAUGAUCGCCUUGACCAGUUGAUCGGUCCCACUGCCAAGAUCCCCGGCGCCGGUAACACCCCCUCCCCGGCCACACAGAAGGUUCCGCUUGGAAUUCCGGUAGGGAUCCGCAGCAGCGGUAAUAACAAUAAUCAGUUCCAAACUCUAAAGAAUCAAAAUCAGAACCAAAACAAGCAGGUGAAGAACCAGAAGCUCUCGUUCCGGAGGCGUCAUCCUACUCAUCCAGAGUCUGAUUCCUCGGAUAGAGACCCGCCGUCUCCGGUGUCCAGUGACAGUUUCCCGCCGGAGAAUUAUGAGCGGAAGAGGCCGAGGAUGCAGCAGCAGAGAGAGAUGGAGAUGAACCCAAACGGGCCUAAAGGAAGGGAACCGGGACUAGUGACGAAGGCGAAGGGGAAGAGCUGGGGGUGUGCAGUGAGGGAAUUGACUCAGGCAAUUCUCAAGUUUGGGGAGGCUUACGAGCAAGCGGAGAGUUCGAAGCUUCAGCAGGUGGUGGAGAUGGAGAAGCAGAGGAUGAAAUUCGCCAAGGAUCUUGAGCUGCAGCGGAUGCAGUUCUUCAUGAAGACACAGUUGGAGAUCUCGCAACUUAAGCUUGGUAAAAAAGGUACCAACAACAAUGCAGGGAAUCACCAUAGCAGCAACACCAACAACCACCAUAACAAUAAUAGUGACAGUGAGUGAGACAUGACUAGGUUAAUUAGGUUCUCAUUGCUAGCCCCUUUUCUGUGAGUGACUGUUGUGAACAAUAAUGUUUUUUUUUUUUUUCUUAGUCUCUUUUUAAGUGUAAUAUGUUUAGUUAUUAUCCCUUAGUUGUUCAGUCUAGUUAACUUAGUGGGGUUGCUGCUGAAGAACGACAUGGGAAGCAGGUGGAGGUGGUGAUGAGGGGGAGGGAGGGGGAGGGAGAGGAUGUCCAAAAUAACCUACUGUCGGUGCAGUAAAAUGUAUUACUUGUCGUGUGUAUUAUUAUUACCAUUCUAAAUUAUCAAUAUCAGGGAUCAUAUCAUCCUCUAUGAUGGCUACUGUGAAUGAUAGAUUGUAUUGUACAUACAAGAUAUACUAGCUGAUAUGGGAGAUCAGUUCUUUUUGA